UGGCGAGUGCAUUCUCUACCCGGGCAGGGCCUGGGAAGGCACUUCUGCUUCCUUUCGUCGUCCCUCGGGUUGACCCCACUCCUGCACUGCGCCCCUCCUGGGGCUGUCUCCCGCCAGGCGGUUUUGGCCAAGGCACGCUCUCUGCGGUGAAGAGCUGUGCCUUGCCCAACCUGAGAAGGCAUGUUAAUAGAGAGACUCGGAUUUCGUGACCGCGACGGCCUUAUUGUCAUUCUCCUGGCGUCCCUAAACCAAGACUGCAGCCCCCCUGAACCUGUACCGUCAGCGCUCUUGAUGGGAUCCUUCCCUUUUCUUCCCGAUUUUAUUCACUCUGUUCGUGGAUCAGGCCUGGAAGACCAUGACACCCUCGGACACGCCCCUCCAGAAGCUGUUUUCCAAGACAAUCUAGUUUUCCUUUACAAAUCGUAGACACUUAUGAAGUUUCUUGUUCUAGAAUUGUUGUACUGCAAUGAAGAAAAGGAGAAAGGUUACUUCAAAUCUUGACGAGAAGAUCCAUCUAGGCUAUCAUAAAGAUUCUUCAGAAGGAAAUGGUGCAGUGGAGUGUAACCGAGUAACCUAUACUCAUUCAGCAGAAAGAUCAUCUCCUGAAACCCGUCACUGUUACCAGGAACUUCCUCCCUCUCCAGAUCAGAGGAAGCUUUUGAGUUCUUUGCAGUAUAAUAAGAAUUUACUGAAGUAUUUAAAUGAUGAUAGGCAGAAACAACCAUCUUUCUGUGAUUUACUUAUCAUAGUAGAAGGAAAAGAAUUUAGUGCACAUAAAGUGGUGGUUGCUGUUGGCAGUAGUUAUUUUCAUGCCUGUUUGAGCAAAAAUCCAAGCACCGAUGUUGUCACCCUGGAUCACGUAACACAUUCAGUUUUUCAGCAUUUGCUUGAAUUUCUGUACACAUCAGAAUUUUUUGUGUACAAAUAUGAAAUACCCCUUGUUUUAGAGGCUGCAAAAUUUCUGGACAUUAUAGAUGCAGUUAAGCUGCUAAAUAAUGAAAACGUUGCCACUUUUCAGUCUGAGAUAACUGAAAAGUCAUCACCAGAAGAAGCGCUAAGUGAAUUAACUGGAAGACUAUCAAAUAAUCAUCAGUGCAAAUUCUGUAGUAGACAUUUUUGUUAUAAAAAAUCCUUAGAGAACCAUUUGACUAAAACCCAUAGAUCACUUUUAUUAGGGAAAAAACAUGGGUUAAAAAUGCUGGAGAGAAGUUUUUCCGCAAGACGAUCAAAAAGGAAUCGGAAAUGCCCUGUUAAGUUUGAUGACACCAGUGAUGAUGAACAAGAAAGUGUUGAUGGGUUGGACAAUUUGAAUCAAGAAAAUUUUGAUAAGGAAAAGUCAGAUAGAAAUGAUUCAGAGGAUCCUGGAAGUGAAUAUAAUGCUGAAGAAGAUGGGCUAGAGGAAGAUAUGUCAGAUGAAUAUUCUGACAUUGAAGAGCAAAGUGAAAAAGAUAAUAAUGAUGGAGAAGAGGAACCUGAGGCUGGUGAUUCUGUAGGAAAUACUCAUGAGGGGUUAACUCCAGUAGUCAUUCAGAGCAGUAACAAAAAAAUACUGCAAUGUCCUAAAUGUGAUAAAACAUUUGACCGAAUAGGAAAAUAUGAGAGCCACACCCGUGUUCACACAGGUGAGAAGCCCUUUGAGUGUGAUAUUUGUCACCAGCGCUAUUCGACGAAGUCUAACCUAACUGUUCACAGGAAGAAGCACAGUAAUGAAACAGAAUUUCAUAAGAAGGAGCACAAGUGCCCUUAUUGUAAUAAACUUCAUGCAAGCAAGAAGACUUUAGCCAAGCAUGUUAAGAGAUUUCAUCCUGAAAAUGCACAAGAAUUUAUUUCAAUUAAGAAGACUAAGAGUGAAAGUUGGAAAUGUGAUAUUUGUAAGAAAUCCUUUACUCGAAGACCACACCUGGAGGAACAUAUGAUUUUACAUUCUCAAGAUAAACCUUUUAAGUGUACCUAUUGUGAAGAACAUUUCAAAUCACGGUUUGCACGGUUAAAGCAUCAAGAAAAAUUUCAUCUCGGCCCUUUUCCGUGUGAUAUAUGUGGUCGCCAGUUUAAUGAUACUGGAAAUUUGAAACGCCAUAUUGAAUGUACCCAUGGUGGAAAGAGAAAAUGGACUUGUUUUAUUUGUGGAAAAUCAGUACGAGAAAGAACUACUUUAAAAGAACAUUUAAGAAUUCAUAGUGGAGAAAAGCCUCAUCUUUGUAGUAUUUGUGGGCAAAGUUUUCGUCAUGGGAGUUCAUACAGACUUCACUUACGAGUACAUCAUGAUGAUAAAAGAUAUGAGUGUGAUGAAUGUGGAAAAACAUUUAUUCGUCAUGACCACCUUACAAAGCACAAAAAAAUACAUUCAGGAGAAAAGGCUCAUCAAUGUGAAGAAUGUGGAAAAUGUUUUGGUCGUAGAGAUCAUCUCACUGUUCAUUACAAAAGUGUACACCUUGGAGAGAAAGUGUGGCAAAAAUAUAAAGCAACAUUUCAUCAAUGUGAUGUUUGUAAGAAAAUUUUUAAAGGCAAAUCAAGUCUGGAAAUGCAUUUUCGGACACAUUCAGGUGAAAAACCAUACAAGUGUCAAAUUUGCAAUCAAUCUUUUAGAAUUAAGAAAACUUUAACAAAACACCUGGUUAUUCAUUCUGAUGCCCGACCUUUCAACUGUCAGCACUGUAAUGCAACAUUUAAGCGGAAAGACAAGCUGAAAUACCACAUUGACCAUGUCCAUGGUAUAAAAUCUCCUGAUGAGCCUUUCAGUACUUCUGAGGAAAAACUUGUAUCCUUGCCAGUGGAGUACUCAUCUGAUGACAAAAUCUUUCAAACAGAAACAAAACAAUAUAUGGAUCAGCCCAAAGUUUAUCAAUCAGAAGCCAAAACUAUGUUGCAGAAUGUAUCUGCUGAAGUAUGUGUUCCAGUAACACUGGUUCCAGUUCAGAUGCCUGACACUCAGAGUGACCUUGUGCAGCACAACACGCUUCCACCAUCAUCUCAUGAGAUCCUUCCACCACAGCCACAAUCAACUGAUUAUCCACGAGCUACUGACUUAGCUUUUCUGGAAAAAUAUACUCUCACUCCUCAACCUGCAAAUAUAGUUCAUCCAGUCCAACCUGAACAAAUGCUAGAUCCUAGAGAACAGUCUUAUCUUGGAACAUUACUAGGACUUGAUAACACUACCGCUGUACAAAAUAUUUCUAAUAAUGAACAACAUUCAUGAGUAAAUCUAAACAUUCCACAGACUUUUUUGAUAGUUAUAUACUAAUGGCAGCCAAGAACUGAUGACUUUUCAAUUAGUAGGGCUGCUCUUUUUUCAUUUUCUCUAGCUUCUCAAGUCCUCAGAAGAGUUUCAAAUUCAGAAAAAUAUGUAUCUCUGUUUACUUAACAUGAAUAUUUGGACACAUUUUGCGGCAUAAUAAUAUUUGAAGUGAACAUUUUUAUGAUUUUAAAAUAUUUAGUGUCAAUUUUUAUUGUUUUCUCAAACUUUCAAAUUAUUAGCUGCUGACAUGAUUUUUUUUUUUUUUAAAUCAUCAGUGGAAACUUUUAUUCUUCUUUAAUCUCAUUCUUUUAUCCCUUCCCUGUCUUCCAAACAAGUUUAAGGACCAUGUAGCUUUUAAGAAGAAAUAUAAGAGUAUACUGAUAAUUGCAACUGUUCUUUACUCUAAUAUAAGAUUUAUUAUUAUUUCAUCCAGAUUUUUUUAAUUGAAAUUAGGAAUUUGAGUUUAUAAGAAAGUCUUGGAUAUUUCUGUCCUGUUUUUCCAUCUGUCCAUAAUUUCAGGUUAUUAUCCUUUGGACAAACUCAAAGCCAGAGAGUUAAAGCAACUAAAAUGAGCCUGUUAAAUGAAAUUCAUGGUUGAAAUAAUUAUCCAGAUAAUUGGUUCUUGCCUGUGCUUCAAUGAUGAUGAAUAAGAAAUGCAAACAUAAAUCUAGACAUUAAAUUAUUUCAAAUUAUAUAAGUUGAAAAUAUGUUAAAAGAAAAAUAUGACAUUUUUAAUUAGAUGUCUUUCAAGGUAAGUUCGUCUUUUGUAUUAUGCCAUGUAUUUCCCAGAACAUUAACAAUAUAUCCCAGCAAGUAUCUCCAUCUUACUAAGGGGGCGGGGGUCAAUUAUAACUAACUAAUGAGGUUUAAUUAAAGAAGUGACUUCUGGUUUCAUUUACUUUUCAACUCUGGGAAACAGAACCUAGAUAUUUCAUGUAGUUAGAAAAUGUGCCAAACAAAUUAUAAAAUUAAUUACUAACUCAACUAAAUGAUUUCUAAUGGAACCAGUACUUGUAUACAGGUUUACAUAUAAUCCAGAUUUUUAUUUUUGCAUUUCACAUAAACCUAAUAUCUUCAGUUAUCUUUGAUUUUUAUUUUUGUAUGAGACAACAGUUGAGGAUUUGGUAAAAGGAGAUAGCAGUUACAGGAAAACCUCAUUUGAAAUUAAUUGAGGGAAAAGUAAGUGAAAAUUAUAAGAGACUUUAAAUACCUGCACUUUCAAUAUUUUCAAGUCAAUUUAAUCUUAAACUAGGAUGAUGUUUCCUUGUAGAGUUGCCUGAUAGAUUAGGGUAGGCCAGGAUGAUUUAUUUUUAGCAUGUCAUCUGUAUGUACACUACUGGAAAAUAGCAGUUUAAAAGUUUUCCCUUUCAGUCUUGUUUACACUUCUAAUUGCUUUAAGCACUUUCUUUGUGUAAACUGUAAAGUUGGCCCAGCUCUUGUGAAAAAAUCACAAAUAAAAUAAUGAACUUUUAAUAAAUAAAAUUUAGCCACUUAAUAAUGGAGAAAAUUAUUUGCUGAAGCACUUAACAAAUGGAGGUACUUUACAGGAAAAUUGAGGCAGUUAACCAAAGUAGCUCACAUAAUCAAACCAAUCUGAGUUUUGCCUCAUUUAUCAGGGUUUGGUGUAAUUAUUCUAGGCCCAGUAGAUAUAACUAAUGUAUUAAUUCUUCUUCUUUUCAGUAUUUUUAUUUACUUUUGUGUAAAACUAUUAUAUCUGGGAUACUGACAUGAUUGAGCUUGACUAUAUGAGGUACUAUUAGUCUGUUUGUCUUUCAAAUUGACUUUUAAAAAUACAUGUCUUUGUGAUUUUUAUCAUAAAGGCUGAUGAGAUUUUUUAAAAAUCUUAUAGUGAAAAGAAAGCAUACCUAAAAAUGUUCCCUGCCUUACAUAUAAACCAAUGUAGGAAAGAUUGGAUUUCUAAAGAGGCAAAUGGUAUGUGUAUAUUGGGUGGCAGAAAAAGAGGGUAUUGCAUUUUCACAUUGAAAAGAAUACUUUCCUUUUGAAGGUAUUUACAUUAGGGUUCUUUUAAUAAUAAUAUCCUAAUGCUUUAAUGUACGAUUUGAUUUGUAGGAAUUGGUUUACAUGGAACUUUCUGAAAUACAUCUCUUAUGUAAAGUGAAAUACAUUUGUAUUUAGUUAUUAUUGUAUGUAACUUAAAGUUGAAUAGUGGUUUACUGUUUUAUACAAUGCUUUCACAUAUGUUGUCUCAUUUGAACCUCAUAAGCAGCUCUGAAAUAGAAAGGACAUGCUGUGUUCCUAUUUUAGAGAUGAAGAAUCUGAGGUUAAGAUAAGGGACUCAAUUAAACUCACAUGGUCAAUAAUUGAAAGUGCAAGAAAAUUAGCAUUAACGAGUGCUUACUAUGUGUCAAGCACUACAUUCUCUAAUUUAAACAGUCUUGGAGGUAGGUCAUACAAUUCUUAUGAAGAAAUGGUCUCAGAGGGGGACCAAAAAUAUCUGCUGCCUCUAAUUCCAAAACUAUAGAAAAUUUUAAAUUUAUGAAAACCUCAUGGAUUUGGGCAAACUGAAUGUAUGUAAGUUUUGAAGUUGGCACAACAAAACAUGAAUUGAGGCCUGCUCCUCUUAGUUGACUUUUUUUAACGUUUGCUUUAGAGUAUUUUGGACAAGUUUCCAUUAACUCUAAAAUCCAUUAUUUCUGUAACUAUACUUAAAGUUUGAAUCUUGAAAUUAAGUUUAGCCUCAUUCAGAAUUUUUUAUUUUAUGAGCAUAAUUUAUUAUUUAAAUUAAUUUUUAGCUGAUAGCAGUUAGCACUUCAUCUGUAAAUUGAAUAAUUUAUGAAGUACAGACAUUUGUUAACCUAAUCAGUUUUUACUUAAAUGCACCAAAGAUUUUUAGUAGAUAAUAAAUAGAUCAAAAUAAUUUAAAUUCUUUGUUGUGUGAAUAAAUGCUUGUCCAAAGAAGCACAGUUCAAGUCCUAGGGUUAUGGAUUUUAAAAAAGAAAUUGUUAGUUUGAAUACUGAGACUAGGUGUUAAGUGUUUGUGUUUAUAUGUAUAAAAAUAAGAGCAGAAGAAAAUACUCUGGGAAUUGUCAUACUGACAAACAGUUUAUAAGUAAAAUUACUCAGUUUUCCUCAGUUUAGUUGAGUGUUAUCUUUUAAAUAGACACUAUUAAAUGCUAAAAAUUCUUAUUUUUUACAAUACACUAUUAAUUUUUGCCUUAGAAUUUUUUUUUUUUAAGUCAAGUUGAGGUUAUUUUUGUAAGAAACACCACCUAUUUUUUUGCAGCCUAAAAAUACCAUUUAAGGUUAGAGUUUGUUCCUCACUCCAGCAAAAUUUAACCAACAACUGUAAAUGCCAUGGUCAUUGCAUACUUUCAAGUAAUUUAGACCUUUAUUGCUGGGGAGAAGAGGAGGAAUAAUAUUAGGGUUUUAAACUGGUGCUUUAUUAAGUGACUUCUUUUAAGUGAUGGUAGGUCAUGAAAUAGGUACACUAAUAAUUUUCUAUCAAAUUUUAAAAGUGUCAAAACAGCUUUGUAGGGUGACUGUAAACUGUUAGUUAAGGGGUAAUACGUAAUUAAAUACCAUUCAUUGCUUUUCACUCUAUAAUGCAAACAAAUUAAAAAACACAAACUGGUAUGUUUAUAAGCUUGAGUUUUCUUCCUACCAUAUCUCUUUUAUGUAUCAUUGAUGAAAAGUCAGAUUUGGGGCAUUAGCUAUUUGAUAGUGUCCUUUUAUGCCCAUUCUUUUCUUGAUUAAAUAUUUUGUGCCUUUUCAAUGGGUUGUAGUUACAGUUGAUUCUACUGGCUAGAUUGUACUGGUUAAUAAAUGAUGUUUUGUUAUUGUUAUGCGUCUUAAGUUUGUGUUGCCUGCUGGACAGGCAGUGAUUUUUUUUUUUUUUUUUUUUUAGGUUGCUGUAUGUUUAUAUAGGGAAACUGGCACUAAGAAUUAGUAUGAAUAUUUGUUUUUAUGAUUUGUGCAUCAUAAUUUUUAUCUCUACUGUGGCCUUUAUAGUUACUGUGAAGCCACUCUUGGGCCUGACUUUAGAGACUUACUAGAGGAAUCUGAUAAAUAAAAUAAAAUAAGAGUA